CAGAGAAGUAGAAGUCUCUCUUCUCUCUCUCUCUCUCUCUCUCUCUCUCUCUUUCAAUCAAUGGCGUCUUCUGUUCCAAUUUCAAUGGGGUCUUUGGUUUUGGGAGUUUUCAUUGCUUUUGCAAUGGUGGGUUCUGUGAGUUCAUCAAGAUUUGAUGAGCUCUUUCAGCCCAGCUGGGCACUUGACCAUUUUGCCUAUGAAGGAGAGCUUAUGAAGAUGAAACUCGACAACUAUUCUGGAGCUGGGUUUUCAUCAAAGAGCAAAUAUAUGUUUGGGAAAGUCAGUAUUAAGAUCAAGCUAGUAGAGGGUGAUUCUGCUGGAACUGUCACUGCUUUCUAUAUGUCAUCAGAGGGCCCAUAUCACAAUGAAUUUGAUUUUGAGUUCCUGGGCAACACCACAGGGGAACCUUACCUAGUACAGACCAAUGUAUAUGUCAAUGGAGUUGGCAAUAGGGAACAAAGAUUGAACCUCUGGUUUGACCCUACUAAGGAUUUUCAUUCGUACUCACUUCUCUGGAAUCGUCGCCAAGUUGUAUUCUUGGUCGAUGAGACGCCGGUUCGUGUACAUUCGAAUUUGGAGCACAAGGGGAUUCCAUAUCCUAAAGACCAAUCCAUGGGAGUUUACAGCUCGAUAUGGAAUGCUGAUGAUUGGGCCACACAAGGUGGGAGAGUGAAGACUGAUUGGUCACAUGCCCCUUUCAUUGCAAGCUACACGGGAUUCGAGAUCGAUGCUUGUGAGUGUCCUGAGGUAGUGGCAGCUGUCGAUAACAUCAAGCGAUGUAGCGCCGCUGGUGGCGAGAAAGGGUAUUGGUGGGAUGAGCCAACAAUGUCGGAACUGAGCCUCCACCAGAGCCACCAGCUUCAGUGGGUUCGGGCCAAUCACAUGGUUUACGACUAUUGCAAAGAUACCUCGAGAUUCCCGGUCGCUCCGGUCGAAUGCCUGCACCAUCACCACUAGGGAUGUGUUGAUCUUGGAGUGUGUCAAUUCCAUUGUAAAGAUGUGAUAAAGCUUUCAUCAUUUGUCACACCCCGUGUUAAAUAGUUUUGAACGUGCACUAUGAUGUAAUAUAAUGUGGUGAAAUUAAUUUUUUAUUUCCUUCUUUGCGUCCA